GAAAGUGUGUGUGAGCUGAAUUGAGCAGCAUGGAUCAGUGUGAGGACAGAGAGGAGGGAGUCCCUCCCUCUAAAAGCACUCUGUGUGGGGAACAUGAGAGCCAGACCAAAGCUCAGAGGAACCAACCUGGACCUCCACCCAGCUCUGUGUCCUGUAAGAGUAACCAGUCUGCAGAUCGUCCCAUUAAUUUAAAAGUCUAUGCUGCAGAGAGAGUGGACCAGCAGAGCUCAGAGGUUCCCAGUGGUCAGUCUGCCCAGCAGUAUCAAACACACCUUGACUCCAUAUUUAUGAUGCUGGAGGACAACAUCAUCACUUUUGUGAAGAACGAGCUGAAGAAGAUCCAGAAGGUUCUGAGUCCAGAUGACCCAGAAUGCUUAGAGAGUCAGAGGAGCAGCAGCAGAGAGGCAUUUGUGAAGAUCACAGUGGACUUCCUGAGGAGAAUGAAGCAGGAGGAGCUGGCUGACCGUCUGCAGAGCAAAAACCCUACAGUUUGUCAACAUAACUUUAAAUCUGCACUGAAGAAGAAGUUCCAAUGUGUGUUUGAGGGGAUUGCUAAAGCAGGAAACCCAACCCUUCUGAAUCAGAUCUACACAGAGCUCUACAUCACAGAGGGAGGCACUGCAGAGGUCAAUGAUGAACAUGAGGUCAGACAGAUUGAAACAGCAUCCAGGAAACCAGACAGACCAGAAACAACAAUCAGACAAGAAGACAUCUUUAAAGCCUCACCUGGAAGAGAUGAACCAAUCAGAACAGUGCUGACAAAGGGAGUGGCUGGCAUUGGGAAAACAGUCUUAACACAGAAAUACACCCUGGACUGGGCUGAAGACAAAGCCAACCAGGACAUCCAGUUCAUAUUUCCAUUCACUUUCAGAGAGCUGAAUGUGCUGAAAGAGGAAAAGUUCAGCUUGGUGGGACUUGUUCAUCACUUCUUUACUGAAACCAAAGAAGCAGGAAUCUGCAGCUUUGAAGACUUCCAGGUUGUGUUCAUCUUUGAUGGUCUGGAUGAGUGUCGACUUCCUCUGGACUUCCACAAAACUACAAUCCUAACUGACCCUAGAAAGUCCACCUCAGUGGAUGUGCUGCUGAUAAACCUCAUCAGGGGGAAACUGCUUCCCUCUGCUCGCCUCUGGAUAACCACACGGCCUGCAGCAGCCAAUCAGAUCCCUCCUGACUGUGUUGGCAUGGUGACAGAGGUCAGAGGGUUCACUGACCCACAGAAGGAGGAGUACUUCAGGAAGAGAUUCAGAGAUGAGGAGCAGGCCAGCAGGAUCAUCUCCCACAUCAAGACAUCACGAAGCCUCUACAUCAUGUGCCACAUCCCAGUCUUCUGCUGGAUCACUGCUACAGUUCUGGAGGAUGUGCUGGAAAACAGAGAGGGAGGACAGCUGCCCAAGACCCUGACUGAGAUGUACAUCCACUUCCUGGUGGUUCAGGCCAAAGUGAAGAAGGUCAAGUAUGAUGGAGGAGCUGAGACAGAUCCACACUGGAGUCCAGAGAGCAGGAAGAUGAUUGAGUCUCUGGGAAAACUGGCUUUUGAUCAGCUGCAGAAAGGAAACCUGAUCUUCUAUGAAUCAGACCUGACAGAGUGUGGCAUCGAUAUCAGAGCAGCCUCAGUGUACUCAGGAGUGUUCACACAGAUCUUUAAAGAGGAGAGAGGACUGUACCAGGACAAGGCGUUCUGCUUCAUCCAUCUGAGUGUUCAGGAGUUUCUGGCUGCUCUUCAUGUCCAUCUGACCUUCAUCAACUCUGGAAAAAAUCUGCUUGAACAGAAACAGCGUUUUAGCUUUUUAGGCAAAAAAGAAUCUCUCCACCGGAGUGCUGUGAACAAGGCCUUACAGAGUCCAAAUGGACACCUGGACUUGUUCCUCCGCUUCCUCCUGGGUCUUUCACUGCAGACCAAUCAGACUCUCCUACGAGGUCUGCUGACACAAACAGGAAGUAGCUCACAGACCAAUCAGGAAACAGUCCAGUACAUCAAGAAGAAGCUCAGUGAGAAUCUGUCUGUAGAGAAAAGCAUCAAUUUGUUCCACUGUCUGAAUGAACUGAAUGAUCGUUCUCUAGUGGAGGAGAUCCAACAGUCCCUGAGAUCAGGAAGUCUCUCCACAGAUAAACUGUCUCCUGCUCAGUGGUCAGCUCUGGUCUUCAUCUUACUGUCAUCAGAAAAAGAUCUGGAUGUGUUUGACCUGCAGAAAUACUCUGCUUCAGAGGAGGCUCUUCUGAGGCUGCUGCCAGUGGUCAAAGCCUCCAACAAAGUCAUGCUGAAUGUGCCUUAUCUCUCAGAGAGAGGCUGUAAAGCUCUGUCCUCAGUUCUCAGCUCACUGCUUUCUAGUCUGAGAGGGUUGGACCUGAGUAUCAACAACCUGCAGGAUUCAGAAAUGAAGCUUCUUUCUGCUGGACUGAAAAUUCCACACUGUAAACUGAAUAUGCUGAGACUCAGUCAUUGUCAGUUCUCAGAGAGAGGCUAUGAAGCUCUGUUCUCAGUCCUCGGCUCUCAGUCCUCUAGUCUGAGAGAGCUGGACCUGAGUAACUCUGACCUGCAGGAUUCAGGAGUGAAGCUUCUGUCUGCUGGUGUGAAGAGUCCACACUGUAAAAUGGAAACUCUCAGUCUGUCAGGCUGUCUGAUCACAGAGGAAGGCUGUACUUCUCUGGCCUCAGCUCUGAGCUCCAACCCCUCCCAUCUGAGAGAGCUGGACCUGAGUUACAAUUAUCCAGGUGACUCAGGAAUGAAGCUGCUGUCGGCUGGACUGAAGGAUCCAGGCUGGAGACUGGACACUCUCAGGGUGGAGCCUGCUGGAGUCCGAUGGUUGAGACCAGGUCUGAGGAAGUAUUCCUGUCAACUCACAAUCGACACAAACACAGUGAACACAAAGCUCCAACUGUCUGACAACAACAGGAAGGUGACACAUGUGAAGGAGGUUCAGUCAUAUCCUGAUCAUCCAGACAGAUUUGAUGUUUGUGAACAGCUGCUGUGUAGCAAUGGUCUGACUGGUCGCUGUUACUGGGAGGUCGAGUGGAGAGGAUGGGUUUAUAUAUCAGUGAGUUACAGAAGAAUCAGAAGGAAAGGAGGGAGUAAUGACUGUGUGUUUGGACACAAUGAUCAGUCCUGGAGUCUGUACUGCUCUGAUGACAAUGGCUUCUAUGCUUGGCACAAUUCCACAUUAACUCCUGUCUCUUCCUCCUCCGUCUCUAACAGAGUAGCAGUGUAUGUGGACUGUCCUGCUGGCACUCUGUCCUUCUACACAGUCUCCUCUGACACUCUGAUCCACCUCCACACCUUCAACACCACAUUCACUCAAACUCUUUAUCCUGGGUUUAGACUCUGUUCUGAUUCCUCAGUGUCCCUGUGCUGA